AUGCAUCUCCCAAACAGAAGUAUCCAGAGUGUCAACAUAGUCUUCUCCUCUGGGGCCAUACUCAUGUUGGUGGUAGGAUUAAUCAUGGAAAACUGGGUGGAACUGAUUCCCAAAAUAAGAAAGGAUAAGACUACCCACAGUCCAUGGCUGGGUUGCUGUCCUGCUUUUUGGCCUGAAGAUAACCUGGGGACGAUCAGUAGCAUGAUGAGGAUGAGUCUCAACAUAUCCAUCUAUCUUAAUUUGAUCUUAGGUCUGCAAUUCACCUCUAUGAUUUCUCAAAAUAAGUGUGUGCACCUCCUAAUUGGUUUCCUGAGUUUCUUCACAGGUUGCCUUUUGUUCUACGCAAUCACUGUGUAUCAUCACAAGCUAAAUAAAGGUCAACAAACAUACUUUGUUACUUACAAGGUCAAAAGGAUCGCUUUCACUGUCUACUUAGCCAUCGCACUCUUCCUUACCUGUGGUACCUUCUGUUUCAUGCAGUGCACAGACAAAUGUGCCUGCCUGAAAUUCUGUAUACCAUCCAGCGAAGUCAGUAGAAGAAGGCUGUCUGGGAGUUCAAUCCAAGUGAUUUCACUUCCAGAGCGCACCACAAUGCCUCGGAGCAUUGUCCAUGUGCACUCCAUGACCUCAAAGGAUGAUACCCUGAACAGACCACAUGUACAAUCACGUCGUGUAACCUGGGCUCUAUGA